AUGGUAGACUUUGUCAUUUCUAAACUUGGCAAGAACGUCCAUGUUACUUCUACAGAGGUAGAAAUUGAAAGCAAGUCCCAAGAGUUCAUAGUUAAAGAUGGAGUGAAGAUUUUAGGAGAAGAAGAGACAAUUGCAUGUCAUCCAAUGAAUUACCCAUAUGUUGUGUUUUACUGCCAUAAGAUAUCAAAUAGCACUGCACGUUUUAUGCCAUUGGAGGGAGAAGAUGGAACUAGGGUUAAAGCCAUAGCAGUGUGCCACAAAGACACAUCAGAAUGGAAUCCAGACCAUAUGGCAAUGCAAGUUCUCAAAGUCAAGCCUGGGACCAGUCCUGUGUCAUUUCUUUCCUGACGGUCAUCUUCUUUGGUAUGCUAAAUAGGGUUAACUAAACUAUCAUGCCAUGAAUACUAUCCUUAAAUUAAAUAAGGCAUUUCUGCAUUGUGUGAUCAUGUACUCUUUCAUCCUACAGUAUCUUUCUCUUUGUUCGG